AUGAUUGCCGAAUUUCCAUUGCCCGAGGAGGCCGAUCUUCUUUUGUCGAAGCCGUUAUUACCUCGAUUUACCGCCACACCACUAUUUACAUGCCUUACCGACGCCAUGCCAAGUUUGGCAAUAAAGAUGGAGCCUAGGCUUGAGGCCAGAAUAGAUGUCAACCUCGCUGUCCGACACGCGAAGUGCAGCUACCAAACGAAAAAGACGAUGUCUGCAAAACCCAUCUCAAGAACAUCGCCAAGCAGCUUUUUAACGCUGCUACCGUCUGCCGUAUUCCAGCGGAUU